CAGGCAGUUUCCUCUUGAAGCACGUUCAAACUUGAAGGUUGUCGGGGCACUUAGGACUUUGCUUGUGCGAUGGAUGCUGGAGUUGGUUUGGCAUUCCUUUAGAAUAUGUAAGAGCUAAGAUAAAAUCCAGACGUUUAGAAUGGCCCCUAAUAUUUUGGCCGCAUUUACUGGUGAGUGGAAGUAGAAGGUUCAUGUUCAAAUGAAAUGUUUAUUCCCGCAUCCUUGCUGCUGCCUUACUCAUGUUAGUGACUCAGAAAGAUAAGACUGCUGCACAGUUACACCAGUAUGGUUGUGCUAACAUUUGGGGAUGAGGAUAGUUAAGAAAAUAAGGGUGGAACAAUAAUUAUGAAACAGAGUGGAAGAUUCUAGCUAGGAGUCGAAGGACAUUCUAGGAUUGAAAAAAAAAACAACAACAACAUAAAAAACCACCUUGAAAGGUAAUUCAUCUCAGAACCUAGAGUUCGAAGCUUGAAAUCCAAAAGAUAUUGCUUUAGAGAUAAAAUGGUUGAGUUUGCCAGAUAUCAUAACUGAAAUAUUAAACUUCAUUUUCAUUGAUGGUUUGAAGUAGAGUGUACUCACUAAAACGGAGUACAAAAGCCCUGUUGAACCAUUAUUAAAUCUGCACAAAGGAAAAUGGAAAAUUAAUUUGGAUUUCAGUGAGUAUUUCUUGUAAUUGGCAUUUUCAGCACAUCCUCAAUGUGGCUCACAUACUAAAAGUAAGAAAUGAAUCUGCUGCCAUACAUGGUGCUAAAAGUACCAGUAAUGGUUAAAAAAAAAAAAGGAAUAGAUUUAUUUCCUUAAGUUUUUGUAGAAAACAAAACAAAAAAAUCCUGUUUUAUUAGUUUUUGAAAUAUUCUGAUUUUAAACAUCUAUAAAGUUAGUUAUUGUAAAUGUUCCUUGCCAUCAAUAUCAACAUGCUGAUAUUUCAGCUUGUCAACUUUUUCUUACAAGUUACGUGAAUUCCAGAUGGGAAAAUAUGUGAUGCAUAGGACUGUUUCACUGGAGAUUUUUUGGGGGGGAGGGGUUAGGAAAUAACCUAGAAUUUUGGUAACUAAAAUAUUAUAUCUCCCCCAAAACAUCUUUUAAGAAUUAUAGUUUUUAUUGGAUUAAAAUACAGUGGUAGAGAGUCACAUACAGCCUAUGGUAAAUUGGAGGGGAAGAAGAGCCAGGCAGAAGUAGAGGGAAGAUAGAAAUUGCAAUCUUAGUAUUUUCAGCCUUUCUGUUAGAGAGAGAGAGAGAGAGAGAGACUUGAAGUAUAAUGAAAAUCAGAGUAGGAAGUAGGAGGACUGGGUUUUAAUUCUGGCUCCUGGUUUUUCACUGAAUUAAUUUAGUAACUGGGUAAGUCAACUUGGCUUUCUAUUUUUAACUUUUCCACAAAAUUAAGAGGUUGUAUUCAUUGAGUUCUAAGGCCAUUUUCCCAUUUUAUCAUAAGUAAGUAUUUUAUCAAUUCAAAAGCUUGUUAUUUAAAUUCGUUUGAUAGUUCUCUAGUGACAGAUUUUAGGACACUGUCUUGGUCCACAUUUUUGUCCAAAAUUUGGAUGAAAAGAGUUUACAUCCAUCUGUAUUUAGUUAGCCAGCAUUGGUUAGGUGGCUAGUGUGUGCUAGGCAUAGUAUUCUAACUGCUUUUACAUAUGUUUUCUCAUAACCAUCUAUUUAGUGACAUAUCCCCCGUGUUUAGAAUAGUGCCGAGCACAAACUACAUACUUGUUUGAUAAAUAUUUAUUGAGUAAAUGAAUUAAAAACCGAGUGAUGUAAGUCUUGUUGGGGCAUCUUCUUUUUUAUACACUGUAUUCUAUCCCCUCUGGCCUAGGCCUCAACAGUAAUCUCCCUUGCAUCUUCCAUUUCUCGUUCUCUCAUUGAUACAUCAUCACUGGUGUUAAAAGCUGCUGUAUUUUUGUUCAUCGUAAGACAACAAACUUGAUCCACAUUCCUUUCUGGAUACCCACCUGUUUUUCUGUUCCUUUUUGCAACAGUAAUUCUCUGAAGAGUUGUCCGUAUUUGCUAUUUCCAAUUCAUUCCCUCCCAUUCUUUCUUGAACUUUCUCCACCUGACUUUUAUCCCCACUCUAUCAAAACCGGUCUUAUCAGGGCUUGUCAGUGCCUCUGUGUUGUAAAAUCCAAGGAUCAAUGAUCUUUAUCUUACUAGACCUCCAAGUGUCACAUGAAACAGCUGAGGACUCCUUUCCUGAAACACUUUCUUACCUUGACAUCCAAGAUGCCACGCCUGGAAGGAGAAUGCUGGUUCCUCAUUGGCUUCCCAGCUUCUAAAAUGUUGAAUGCCCCAAGGCUCAGUCUUGGAAACUUUUUUAUUUUAUAUUCACUCCCUAAAGGGACCUUCUUUAGUUGUACGGUUUUCAAUGCUGGUCUAUAUGUCACCGAAUCUCGGGUAUACUUCUUUAGCCCUGACCUUCCUGCUAAACUCUGCUUGUGUCCAGCUGCCUUCUGACCAUCUCCACGUGGAUGUCCAGUAGAAUCUUAACGUGUUCAGACCUGAAUUCCUGAUGGCCAGGAGUUCCUGGGGUGUCUAAACCUGUUCUCUGGCAAGUCCAUCCUCUCACAAGCAGGCUAACGAUGAUGAUGAUGAUGAGAGUAACACUUGUUUAGUGCCUUUAUGGUGGAAGGCACUCUUCUGAGCUUUUUUCACGACAGUCUCAUUAGGAAGGUACUGGUGUUAUUCUCAUUUUGUAGAUGGAGAAACUGAUGUUAUGUAACUUGUCUGGGUCACACAGUAAGUGGCAGAGCCUCCCAGGAUACAAACCCAUGUUGCCUGGACACCGUGAGGCCAUAUCGGACUUCCCUCGCUCACGUUCUACAUGCAUUCACCAGCAUAUCCUGUUGGCUUUAUCCUCAAAAUACAUCCAGAAGCUGAUCAUGUCUUACAGCCCACACGCUGGCACACCUGUUCAUCACUCAUCUCAGUGACUGCAAUAACUUCCUGUUUGCUCCCUGUGCAAUGUAGUCUCAACACAGCAGUCAUUUAGAACCCACCCUUCUGGUGCCUUUUCCAUCUCACUUAGAUGAAAGCUGGCCCACAGAGUUCUACAGUGCUCCCCACUUCUGACUGCCCCACCCCCGCCCCGCCCCGUCCCUCUUCCUCAACCCGACUGCUUUGCUGACCCCUCCAAGUGCACAUCCUUUGUACUCACCGUUCUUUCAGCUGGAAUUCUCUUCCAAAUGCCCGCACGGUUUGCUUCCUCACGUCCUCAGGUCUUUGCUCAAACAUCCUUUUAGAGAAGCCUUCCCAGACCACGCUGUAUAACGUAGCAGCCUUCUCCUUACCCCCUUGCCUGCGGGAUGUUGUCUCCAUGGCGUCUCCAUCAUCUAAUGUAGUAUAUCUAAGUCCUACUGUUAUCCCAGUUUUAUAGAUCUUAGCAAACCCGGGCGCAGGUGGGUUACUCUACCUGCUCCGCUCCAUAUUGGAUAAGCAGAGUCAGUCACAGGGCGUGACCCGAGUGGUGAAAGGUUACGGAACCAGGUCCCAGGAGUGGAUGAAAGGACUAAUAAGGAUUCUGACUAGAAAAGAGGAUUUUGUAGCUUUGUGAUAGCUGUCCUAAAACUUAAGAGGUUGUCUAAUGGAAGAGUUUCAAUGGUACAGAACUAGGUCUAUGGGGAAAAUUCCAGGGAAGUAAGUGUAAGGAAGGUCUUUUUAGCCAUUUCGAUGAACGGUUCUGAUGGUGGAAAGGGCAUCUUUUGAGUUUUCUGUUCUGGAAGGUUUUAAAUCAAAAUCUGGGUUGAUCAUUUUUGGAGGAGGUCCUUGCGUGCAGCACUUGGACGCUGUUAGCAGACGGCAGGAUCUUGUGAGGGGUCCGCAUAGCCUCUGUCCCUGGGUGUCUGCCUUUGCACUGUCCCUCUCCCCUCUACUGUGUGUGUUAAGUGUGUGUAAUAAAUCAGAACAUAACUAUGGACAAGAGGUGUAGUUCUUUUACCAAUUUGGGUGGGGCGAGGUACUAAAGAAGGUUUUAAAACCACAAGAUUUUACAAUCCUAUUAAAAAUUGGAAAUGAAACUAGAUUUUUUUUUAAAGAUUUUUUUGACGUGGACCAUUUUUAAAGUCUUUAUUGAAUUUGUAACAAUAUUGCUUCUGUUUUAUGUUUUGGUGUUUUGGCUGCCAGGCAUGUGGGAUCUUAGCUCCCUGACCAGGGAUUGAACCUGCACCCCCUGCUUUAGAAGGCGAAGUCUUAACCACUGGACCGCCAGGGAAGUCCUGAGACUAGAUUAUUGGGGCAAUUGUAUGAAGCAGUAAGGGUCAGAUCACCAAAAUGAUUGGUUUUCAGGCCUGGGAAGAGCUUCUUUUAACAUAUUUGAGAGGCUAUCAUAAAUUUUAAUGUAUUACUAUUUGAAAGCUCUUUCUGUUGAUAUGUAAUAUCAUCGUAAUAUUCACCAUUUAAAAAUUUAAAAAUGUGCAACUCAGUGGUUUUUAGUAUAUUCACAAGGUCGUACAACCAUCACUACCAUCCAAUUCCGGAACAUUUUCAUUAUCCCCAAAAGGCACCUCUGUUUCCAUUGGGAGUCACUUCUCAUUGCCCCCUGCCCCAGCCUCUGGCAGCCACUAACCUUUCUGUCUGUGUGGAUUAGCCUGUGCUGGGUAUUUCAUGUAAAUGGAAUCAUACAAGGUGUGGCCUUCAGUAUCUGACUUUUUUUUACUUAGUAUAAUGUUUUCAGGGUUCACGCAUAUUGUAGUAUGAACUAGUACUUCAUUUCUUUUUGUGCCUGAAUAAUAUUCUGUUUUCUGGGUAUAGCAUAUUUUUAUCCAUCCGUGGAUGGGCAUUUAGGUUGUCCAUUUCUUGGCUAUUAUGAAUAAUGCUGCUGUCAACACUUGUAUGCAGAUAUCUGUGUGAAUAUAUGUUUUCAGUUCUCUUGGGUGUAUACCUAGGACUAGAAUUACUGGGUCAAAUGGUAACUCUAUGUUUAGCUUUUUGAGGACUGAUUUCCAUGGUGACUGCACCAUUUUAUAUUCCCACCAGCAAUGUAUGAAGGUUCUAAUUUCUCCAUAUUAUCAACAACACUUGUUAUUUUCCUUUUUUUUUUUUUUUGAAUAUAGCCAUCCUAGUGAGGAAAGCUCUCAUUUUAAAAAGUAGUAAGUUUUGCUCUGUUGCACGCUAAAUGAUCAAACACUGGUAAAUUUUAGCAGUUUGCCUCUUUAGAUGGAUUGAUUAAAAUGUGAUGUAAAUAAAACACAGGUUGUGGGCUUAAUGUGUGCUGUGUCCACCUUCUGUUACCGUAACAGGCCCAGGUUUCUCACAGAUAAAUGCUAUUGGUUACAAGGAAACUGGACUAAAUCCUCUAACGCUGGAAGAACAAGUCAAUUCUGUGCCCUGCUAACAUGCUAGUUAUCAGCAAGAUAAUCUUGGCUUCAAGACAACAUAAUACAGACAUUGAAGCUUGGGACAAGAUAUUUAUCUAAUUUCUGUGGCUAAAUUAAAGACCUGCCAUGAUGUCAAAGAAAGAGACUGAAUUUGUCAUUUUCACCUAAAGAAAAAUGAUAGACAAAAAUCAAACCUGUGGGACAGGACAGGAUUCCAUGCCCUCCAUGACUUGUCUGAUCCACGUACUUGAAGAAUGGUUUGGUGUGGAGCAACUGGAAGACUACUGGAAUUUUGCAAACUAUCUCUUGUGGGUUUUUACACCACUCAUACUUUUAAUACUUCCUUACUUUACUAUCUUUCUUCUCUACCUUACUAUUAUUUUCUUACACAUUUAUAAGAGGAAGAAUGUAUUAAAAGAAGCUUACUCUCAUAAUUUAUGGGACGGUGCCAGGAAGACGGUGGCAACGCUGUGGGAUGGACACGCGGCCGUCUGGCACGGUUAUGAAGUUCAUGGGAUGGAAAAAAUACCAGAAGGGCCAGCACUGAUCAUUUUUUAUCAUGGAGCUAUUCCCAUCGAUUUUUACUACUUCAUGGCUAAAAUUUUUAUCCAUAAAGGCAGAACUUGCCGAGUAGUAGCUGAUCACUUUGUUUUUAAAAUUCCAGGGUUUAGUUUAUUACUUGAUGUAUUUUGUGCUAUACAUGGACCAAGAGAAAAAUGUGUUGAAAUUCUGCGGAGUGGUCACUUGUUAGCUAUCUCACCAGGUGGUGUUCGAGAAGCCCUGAUUAGCGAUGAGACCUACAACAUCGUGUGGGGUAAUCGUAAAGGCUUCGCUCAGGUUGCAAUUGAUGCAAAAGUGCCCAUUAUUCCUAUGUUUACACAAAAUAUUCGAGAAGGAUUUAGAUCCCUCGGAGGAACAAGGUUAUUUAGGUGGCUGUAUGAGAAGUUCCGUUAUCCGUUUGCCCCAAUGUAUGGAGGUUUUCCAGUGAAGUUACGCACCUAUUUAGGUGACCCUAUUCCGUACGAUCCAAAGAUCACGGCAGAAGAACUAGCUGAAAAGACGAAGGAUGCUGUUCAAGCUUUGAUUGAUAAGCACCAAAGAAUACCCGGAAACAUUAUGAGUGCUUUGCUAGAACGUUUUCAUAACAAACAAAAGAUCAACUAGAAGACUCUUUAAUACAUUUAUAUUAAUACGUCUAUGUCUGUAGGACUGUCUUCAAAAUUUUGUGGCUUCUGUAAUUAGUAUUUUUUAAAAAAUCAUGUUAAUAAGCAUCUUUCACUGAACUCGUUUAACAUUGUAUUGUCAAUUUUGUUUCUGCAAUCCAUUGUGUCAGAUUUAAACAGUAACUCGUUACAUGCCUAAUUAUUCAGAAACUGAUCAUGGUUCUUUUUAUAAUUUCCUAAUAAUGUAUCAUAAACAUAGAUUCUUAAAGUUAAGUUUAUUAAUAACAGCAAUGGAGGUUAAACAAACAUUCCUAAAUAAUGCAUCUAGUUUCUGUAUCUCUUGCACUGAGCUAGUUUUGCAAGGUGGCGUAACCUAGGGUUUAGUACAGACACUUCAGUUAGGAAAAAAAAUGCUCUUUCCUCUGCCCCUCAUUCCUCUCAUGACCUUGGGCAAAUCACAUAAUGUUUUUAUGCCUCAACAAUUCAAUUUUUAAAAACAUGUUAAUACUUUGGUGAGGAAUAUUGUUUUAAAUUCUUUAUAUUUGCUGUGAUUGAUAACUGUAGAACGAAAUUAUAACUGAAUUAAACAAUACCAACAUCUUUUAGAAGUUUAUGUAUUUUGUCCAUAGGAUGUUUAAAUUACUCCUUCAGGUAUGAUGUCAAGUUGCCAAGGACAAUGAAAAUGAUGUACUGUUUUUCAAGUUGAGUAAAAAAGAAAUUAGGGAAAGUAAAAUUUCUAAUUAUUGUUAUUAUUCUUUCUAGUAUUAUAUAUAUAUAUAUAUAUAUAUAUAUAUUUUUAUUUUUUUUUAUUUUUUUUUUUUUGCGGUACGUGGGCCUCUCACUGCUGUGGCCUCUCCCGUUGUGGAGCACAGGCUCCGGACGUGCAGGCUCAGCGGCCAUGGCUCACGGGCCCAGCCGCUCCGUGACAUGUGGGAUCCUCCCGGACCCGGGCACGAACCUGUGUCCCCUGCAUAGGCAGGCAGACUCUCAGCCGCUGCGCCACCAGGGAAGCUCCCUGUAGUAUUAUAUUUUUAAUGAGACGGUAGACAAGCCGUACAGGGUGUGCAUUCUCAGCCCUAUGAUAUGGCAUUUAAUACUGUCAGGAUAGAAAUCACGGUUGUGCCCUGCAUCUCGUAUGUUAGAAGCUGAUUCUAGGCUGAUGAAAGCACAGAGAGAAAGCUCUGCUUUUGCUCAACAUCAUGGCUUAUUCAGCUUGACUUUGCAACCAGUCAGAUGGUUUAUUGUUUCAAUAAAAAUAUACUUGAAUAAUGAAUUUAUGUGAACAUGUCUUUCUGAAAAAUUAAUGGCUUUCGAUUUGUUGUCUCCUUGAAAUCUGAAUUUAAAAGUAUUUAAACACGAUAGUACCAGGAAUCAAAAGCAGUAUGUCCCUCUCCCUUUAUAAGAUUUUAAAUUACUUGGAUUUUUGUAUAAAUUUUUGUAUAACAAGUAUGUAUGUAUGAUACGUGUAAUGUAUAUAAAAUUAAGCAGCAUAAAAAUAAAAGAAGCUGUACUGAA